UAUUUGCUCUAAUUCCCAAUUCCACACAUGUUUUUUUUCAAGCAGUCUUUUACUUUUUCUAACAAUCAAGGACAACCGUAAUCAAUGCCUAAACUUUCCUUUUUUCUUUUUGUUUUUUGAAAAAUAAAGGCCUGAACUUUCAUUAUUUUCUUGACCAACUUAUACAGAACGCGUGAAAGAGAGAGAAUAUAUGGACAUUGCCCUUUAAAGCUUUUGUUGAAAUUUAAUCUUUAGGGAGAAAAUGGUCAUCGGAGUUGGAAACAAGGAAAGAAGGUGGUGGAUUCCGCAACUUCUUUAUUUAUCUUGAACUUGUUUAGCCAUUCUCUUUGGGUGACAGUACAAUAUCAUAUUACAAAAAACCCAAGAAGGACAAGCCAUUUUGCUUUAUGUAGAUUUGUUCAAUUUAGCAGAAGUAUUUGUUCCUUGAAGAAGAUGAAGUUUGGGAAAGAAUUCGCGGCCCAGAUGGUGCAGGAAUGGCAAGAAGCAUAUAUGGAUUAUAACUAUCUGAAGACAAUUUUAAAAGAUGUCCUGCAUUUCAGACAGAGAAACUCUCCAUCUGCCCCGGCGGCUGCAGCAACCUCAAAAGGUUCUUUGAAGAGAAGGGUAUCUCUCUAUAGAGCCUUCAGUGGCCUAACAAGCCGAUAUAGAGGCUCUCCGAGAAAGAACAUCAAUGAAGACGAAGUGAUAUUAACAAGCGCAGUGAAAGAAGAGGGAGGAGAAGGCCGUUAUCAGACCAUGUUUAUGAAUGCAUCAGAGGAAGGAGGAGAAUAUGAGCUUAUGUUCUUUAGGAGGCUUGAUGAUGAGUUCAAUAAGGUGGUUAAUUUUUACAAGAAAAAAGUCGAAGAAGUAAUGGCAGAGGCAGAGGAUUUGACUAGGCAAAUGGAUGCGUUGAUUGCGCUAAGGAUCAAAGUGGAGAAUCCAGAGCUUGGAGGAACAAAAAUGGAGAAUGUCGGAAUUUCCUUGAAUUCGGUGUCAAUUGUUCAUCCUAUCAAUGGAGGAACUAGAACCCCAGAAUGGUCGCAAAUGGAGGUGAUUCCAGAAGUUGAGAUGAGCACUGAAGCAAAUUCAGUUAAUGAUAAAAGAGGCAGCGAUGAUGAAAGUUCUGCAUCCAGUAGGCAGAGCAAAGCCAAGCAUGGCAUUUUGGGAUUUGAACCGGCUUCGUUAGAAGUUCUAGAUCGUGUGAAGAUCAAUAUUGAGCCUGAAACUCCUGUAUCUACAAUGAAAAAUAUCACUGCAAGUUCCAAAUCAGAUUUGUCCUAUAGCAAGGAAGAACUGAGGAAAGCCGAGGGACUAAUGGCUCGGGCUUUUAUUGUAUUUUACCAAAAGCUUCGACUUCUGAAAAGCUAUUGCUUCUUGAACCAAUUAGCAUUCUCCAAGAUCAUGAAAAAAUAUGACAAGAUCACUUCAAGGAAUGCGUCGAAAGCUUACCUAAAUAUGGUGGAUGCUUCUUAUCUGGGAAGCUCUGAAGAGGUCACUAAGCUCAUGGAGAGGGUGGAGGCUACCUUCAUUAAGCACUUUGCAAAUGGGAAUCAUAGAAAAGGGAUGAACACUUUAAGACCAAAAGCUAAAAGGGAAAAGCACAGAACUACAUUCUCGUUGGGUUUCUUCUCUGGCUGCUCUUUCGCACUUGUGGUUGCAGUCAUUGUGCUCAUACAUGCAAGAGAUGUCCUCAACAGUCCAGGAGGUCCAAAGUAUAUGGAAAACAUAUUUCCACUCUACUCGUUCUUUGGGUUCAUAGUCCUGCACAUGCUACUGUAUGCUGCAAAUAUAUACUUCUGGAAACGUUACAGGGUCAAUUAUACAUUCAUAUUCGGCUUCAAGCAAGGAACAGAAUUGGGUUACAGAGAUGUCUUACUUCUUGGUUCUGGUCUGGCAGUGCUCACAUUAGGUGGUGUCCUCUCAAAUUUGGAUAUGGAGAUGGACCCAAGAACAAGAGACUUCAAAGCAGCUACUGAAUUAAUCCCUUUGGGUCUACUCACGCUUGUGCUUCUGAUAACAUUCUGCCCUUUCAAUAUAAUGUACCGGUCAAGUCGCUUCUUCCUGAUCCAAUGUGCUCUUCAUUGUCUACUUGCUCCUCUUUAUAAGGUUACCCUUCCUGAUUUUUUCUUGGCAGAUCAGCUUACUAGCCAGGUGCAAGCUUUCAGAAAUUUGGAAUUCUACAUUUGCUACUAUGGUUGGGGAGACUUCAAAAGGAGGUCAAAUAAAUGCAUUGAAAGCAAAGUUUUUGAAAGUUUCUAUUUUGUUGUAGCAAUUAUUCCAUAUUGGAUCCGCUUCCUUCAGUGUCUUCGCAGAUUUUUUGAAGAAAAAGACUCUAUGCAAAUCUAUAAUUCAGUAAAAUACUUGUCAACAAUUGUUGCAGUUGCCUUGAGGACAUGUUAUGAUCUGAAAAGGGGAAUGACUUGGAAGAUCUUGGCUGCAGCCACCUCAGGAUUUGCAACUAUUAUUAGCACAUACUGGGACAUUGUAAUAGACUGGGGCCUUCUGCGACGAAAUUCAAGAAAUCCAUGGCUUAGAGAUAAGCUUGUGAUACCAAAUAAAAGUGUUUACUUUGUGGCAAUGGGGCUGAAUGUUGUGCUGAGACUUGCUUGGAUGCAGACAGUGUUGGGCUUUAGACAAGCACCUUUCUUGCAUAGGACAGCAUUAACUGCAAUUGUUGCCUGCCUGGAGAUAAUUCGGCGUGGCAUCUGGAAUUUCUUCAGAUUGGAGAAUGAGCACUUGAACAAUGUUGGCAAGUAUAGGGCUUUUAAGUCAGUACCCUUACCUUUCUACUAUGAAGAUGAUGAAGACAAGAGUAUAUGAUUAUAAUGUUUAGGAUUGAAAACCUUUGAAUCCAUACCCACAAUUUUUUUUCCCCUCUUUCUGUUUUCUAUAUAUAUAUAUAUAUAUAUAUGUACAGAAUUCAGAGUGAAAGAGAAAUGCGAAGAUAGAGAGAAGAAGAAGAAGAAAACAAUAUGAUCAUAAGCAGAAAUGUAAAGACAUGGAACCUUUUGUUAUGUGGAUGCUUGUAGUUUAGGAAUUGUCCUCUGUUUCUUCUUUUAUUUUUCCACUUGUAUCGCUGGUGACAUUUGCAACUCUUGCAGAGUUUAGCACAACUACAGUUCUGUACAAGUAGAUAAUUUGGACAAACUAUAGGGACCUGAUAAUAAUUUACCAAAAAAAAAAAACACUAGAAUUUAAUUUACAGCUUAUAAACUGCUGCAGAAAGCAUUAUUCAGUUUCAUAAUUACUGUUUGAUAAGAUAAAUCUUUGUUUUCAUAAAAAGAGAACAAUAAGAGGCAGCAUAUCACAUAUAUUUUGUUUUUAUAUAAUUAUAAGUAAUUUAAAAAAUAAUAAACUAUAAUUUAUGGUAUAAAAUUAAUAAACUAUAAUGAGAUAUUUGAUGAGGGUAUGUUAAAUUCUUACUUGUCGUUUUUUGAAAUGUGAAUUGAGGGAGUAGAAUAUGAGAUCCCUCAAAUUUACUCAUGUAUCUAUCAUCAGACUAAACUUAUGAGUGUUGUCUUUUGUUUUCCACAAAAUUGAUAUGAAUAUAUAUAUAGUUUAAUUAGAUUAAAUUUUUUCCAUAAAAUUGAUAUGAAUAUAUAUAUAUAGUUUAAUUAAAUAACAUUAAUUUAAGAUAGUGUAUGAUUUUUUUUAAUGGAUAUGAAUAAAUGCCAAUAUUUGGGCAGCACUCAGCAGAAUUAAUCAUUAUUGUCUUUGACAUUAUUUAAAAUAAUCCAGUAAAAUAUGUUAUGCUUAUAAAAAAUUCAUCUGUACGGAAUAGUAAGAGGGGGAGAGAGAUGGCUGAAGCACUGACGAUCACUAUACUGAUCAAAUAAGCUAACUAUUACUAAUUACGACACACCGAUUGUAAGUCCCACGGUAAAUCAUUUUUUCCGGUAAGGCAAUAGCCUUUGCCACGGCCGCAACCAAAAGCUAGUUUAUUUUAUCCAAAGAGUCUCAUAAGCAUUUGUACUAAAUAUAAGAGUUGGAUGAAAAAUACAAAUUGAUUCAGAGAAAUUUUAAAAGUUUGUAGCAGUAAUAGAAGAAGAAGACAUCAUCGAUCAUUUAUUACUUAGUAAAGGCCAACAUUUCAUCUGGAAUAAUAAGAGACAGAGAUGGCUGAAGCGCCGGUGUUGGCUAUGCUAGUAAAAUAAGCUAAACAUUGCGAGUCCGACAGUAAGUCCCG